CGGGGCGGAUACUGGCAGCACAGACCCUCUGUCACUGGCAGCUCCCUGGCACCUCCACUCCCCCUAGCACUGCCUAUACAGCCGGACUGUCAUCCCUAACAUGGAUCUAUUCGACUUUUUCCGAGAUUGGGACCUGGACCAGCCAUGUCACUUUGAACAGGACCGUAAUGCAAUGAAAAGAAAAGAAUGGGAACGGAGAACCCAAGAAGUACAACAAGAUGAAGACCUUUUUGCAACCGGCUUUAAUCUAUUUGGGGAGCCAUACAAGACAAAUAAGGGGGAUGCUUUAGCUAACCGUGUUCAGAACACACUGGGAAACUAUGAUGAGAUGAAAGACUUUUUAACAAACCACUCCAAUCAGAGUCACCUUGUGGGGAUCCCAAAGAAUUCAGUUCCCCAAACACCAGUAGAGAAAAAUGAACAAAACUUUUUUCCAGAGCAAAGAAACCGAGUGACCCAGUGUCAACAAAGUAGUGGUCACUCUUCUUCCUUAAUGCCCCCACCUUCAACACUGGCACCAAACUCCACUUUGCUCCAUGGUCACGAGGCAUCCAGAAAAUCGAGAACGGACUGGCCACAUAGUGGGCACAAUUCUACUUGUUCACAGUCAAACCAAUCCAGCAGUCAACCUAGCCGCACAAAACACAGUUCUUCACAAGACUUGCCGCAGAUUAGGUAUGAAGAUAUUUACAACUGCCAAAUUGACCAACACAAGAGUGGAACUAUGGAAGAGCCUGUGCCUGCUGCCACAACGACACACUCGAGACGGCACAAUCAUUCCAAAGUAUUAAGCGGAGAACAUUUGUCACCUGCUGAAUCAGAGUUUUUGGGACAUGGUUCGAUAUCUCCUUUGCCAUCCACGUCUCUACUAUCUGCAAGCAAUAGCAUUUCCUCUCAAAAUUUCCCCCCAGGAAUUCACUGUAAACCAAGCAUGAUACAGCAAAAGCCAACAGCUUAUGUCAGACCAAUGGAUGGCCAGGACCAAGUACCAAAUGACUCUCCUGAACUAAAGCCACCGACUGAAAUAGGAGAAGGAUAUAACAACCAGAUAUUUGGAACAAUACUGGAGGGAAAAGUUACAGUACCCAGUGUUAAGAACAAACUGCCAAAGCUUACAAUUCCCCAAGUAAAUGAAGUCAGUCUUCCAAAUGAUCCCAGUUGUGUUGAAGAAAUCUUACGGGAAAUGACCCAUUCAUGGCCCCCUCCACUCACAGCAAUUCACACCCCUUGCAAAGUUGAACAGACCAAAUUUUCUAUCCCCAGUAAGGACUCUCAACAUUUGACCUCAGGAUACAGUAUACAAAAGCGUUGUGAUGCACCAAGCAAGGCUGCAGCAAAAUCUGCCCCACAAAAAUCUAUGCUUGAAGAUGAUCUGAAGUUAAGCAGUGAUGAAGAAGACAGUGAACAGACAAGUGAAAAGACCAAGUCCAGAAACAUUCCUGUAAAUGGCCUUCCGUUGCCAACUGUAAAUGGUGUAAACUUGGUAAAUUCCAGUGGAGGAUCUGGGAGCUCCAGUGAGUCAGAAAGCAGCUCUGAAUCAGACUCUGAUAGCGAGAGUAGCUCCAGUGACAGCGAAUGUAAUGAAGGGGCACGAAAUCCCAGUCCAGAGCCAGAGCCACCUUCAACAAAUAAAUGGCAGCUGGACAAGUGGCUUAAUAAAGUCAAUCCACAUAAUAAAACAAUAAUUAGCAGCCAAAAUGAAAUACAUUCUGACAACAAUUUGGAGUGUCAGAAUAUCCAACAAGCUGAAGAAGAUAAUAAAAAUGAUCUUAAUGAAAUAGUUCCUCAGCCAGACUCCAAAGAUAGAGAACUUCAGAGUCCAGUAAGAGAAAAAGCAAAGCCAAGAGCCCCCCAAAAGGUUCAAGAGGCAAAAAAUGUAAAGCAAAAAUCACCAGCUCCCAAUGAACCUGCCCCACAAAGAACAACUGCUAAAAAACAACCAAAAAAGGUUGAACGGACUUCUAGCACAGAAGACUGCACUUGGAACAAACCAAUUGCCCCCAGCAGCAUAUCCAAAGAAAAAGAGGUACGUGAAAUCCAGGAGCAACCAAAACCAAGGGCAAAAACCACUGUUGCAAAAACUGCACCAAGGAAAGAGCAAAGGACUAGUACAGGAGGUGCUUCUGAGAAAAAAAAAGCGAGAGGAACUAACAAAAUUGUUCCAAAAUCAAGGGAAUUUAUUGAAACUGAUUCAGCAUCGGACUCCAACACAGAUCAAGAGGAAGUCUUGCAGGCUAAAUUAUCAACAGCUUGCACUGGACCUUCUAAUCCAAGCAAAUCUAAAGACUGCAGUAACAAUCUUCUAAGUGUCAGCAGUUUAACCAGUAAUAGUAGCAGUAUAUCAAUAGACCAGACAAACAAUGACUUAGAAGAGCAGUUCUUUUCACCUCUUCCAGUUGUACAAAGUGAACUUUUGUCUCCUCUGAGAGAUUACGAAGACCUUAAAUCAUUGUGGGUAAAAAUAGAUCUCAGCCUCUUGUCCAGAAUACCUGUUCAAGACACGUUUGAGAGCAUUCUAUUAAAUAAUGAAGUAAGAGAUACAGGUUUUAAACACAAACAUAAAACACCAGCUAUACCUGUAGAGAAAGCACCCACAAAAUCCAGAAGGAAGCACAAGCAAUCUGAAAACUGUGAUACACAGAUUGACAGCAAAAAACAGCGUCUGGAGGAUACUGUGCCAUACUUACUCCCACCAUGUAUUUCUCCUAUUCCCAGCACUAGAGGGAGCAGCAUGAAGGAAAGUUCAACAAAAAAAACAACAAAGAAGAGAGAAGAAAAAGUCUUUCCUCCAUUAUUAUCACCUUUAGUGGAUGAGCCAAUCCGAAGGCGACACUCCAGCGAUAACGGCUCCUUUAAUCAGGAGUGCAGUGCCACCCCAUUUGUGCACACCAGCAAUUCCUUGUCUAGACAUAAGAAGAAUGGAAACACAGCAAUCAGCACGAAAGGAAACUGUGAAGAAGAUUCCAGGGUACCAAGUAGUAAUCUUGAAAACAUACAGAACAGUCACCCUGAACCUGAUGCCUGGCCCUCCUUAUCUACACUAAACAAUGGAAACAUGGAAUCAUACAGAUCAAAAAUAGCAUUUGAUGAAACGAUACAUAAUGCUGAUUAUUACAUGCAAGAAGCGAAACGGUUAAAGCACAAAGCUGAUGCACUGAUGGAGAAGUUUGGCAAGGCAGUAAAUUAUGCUGAUGCAGCUCUCUCAUUCAUUGAGUGCGGCAAUGCCAUGGAACGAGAUCCAUUAGAAGCGAAAUCUCCAUACACCAUGUAUUCAGAGACUGUGGAGCUCAUCAGGUACGCAAUGAGGCUAAAGAAUUUCACCAGCUCGUCUGCCUCUGAAGGGGAAAGGAAACUAGCAGUGCUAUGCUAUCGAUGUUUAUCUCUCCUUUACUUGAGAAUGUUUAAGUUAAAGAAGGAUCACGCUAUGAAAUACUCUAGAUCGCUAAUGGAAUACUUUAAGAACUCUUCAAAAUCUUCCCAGGCUCCUUCUCCAUGGGGAGGCAAUGGAAAGAAUACAGAGACCCCAUCUCCACUGUCAUUGAGUCCAUCCCCAAUGAGCUCAUCUGGAAAUAGCAGUGUGACUACAGGGUCAUCUUCCACUGGUACGGUCUCCAUCCCACAACGAAUCCACCAUAUGGCUGCCAGUCACGUCAACAUUACAAAUAAUGUUUUACGUAGUUAUGAACACUGGGACAUGGCAGAUAAACUUACAAAAGAAAAUAAAGAGUACUUUCAAGACCUUGAUUCAGUAAUGGAGCCAUUAACACAACACAGCACUAUGACGAAUCUUGUCCGCUACGUUAGGCAAGGCCUUCACUGGUUACGUCUGGAAUCUCAUUUAUUGUAGUACUUGCUUUGCUCUCAUACAUUUCCUUCAUUCUACCUCUACCAGCGCAUAGACGAUCACUGGUGGAAAUCCACACAUUUACCUUGACUUCAUUUUUUAAUAUAUUCUCUGUUGGAAGUGGAUUUUACCGCCAUUGGAAAGGCAGAUUACACGUAGCAUCUUUUAAGCCAACCAACCAAUUCCAUCUCUUCAAUAUGCCUUGCAUCUCUUGGAUAUUAAUAUUCCUACGUGCUUUAAAAAAACAAUACAUUUUUAAAGAUUUUGUUUUAGUCUUCACUGCCUUUAAUUAAGUACAAGAUGCACUUUGUGAAGAUUCGGAACAAAACGUCUUCAUUAUAUGAGUGUUUUAUAAAAACGCUGUAAUUGGGAGAAUUUAGUUAAAAGGUUGUAUUAUAAACAAUUUGUAUUAUUAUAUGAUUGGUAUCAAUUCAGCAUUCAUUGUUUAGAAGUGGCAUCUAUAGCUGGCCAAUCAGUAGUAUAAUUAAUAUAUUUAUAAAUACAAGAAAAAGUGCCAAUUCAUAGAAGAAAAAGUCUUAAAACAAAAAGGUGCCACAGUGCAAUAUGAUUAUGAAAACUGCCUAAUGUUUGUUAGCCUGAUAAAUUAUGUAGUUUAAUAGAUUUCUAGCAGUUACAUAUUACAAACAAAAAUCUAACCACUUCAUAUUUUUAAAACUAGGGAUCUUAUAAUUAUAUCAUAAAUUAAAUCUCAAGUUGGAGAGACAUAUAAAACAUACAAUUAAAGUGUUGUUGGUAAAGCAUACCUUAACAUUAUCUCUUCUGCAUUUGGUUUUGUUUUUGUUAAAUGGACAUUAACACAGCAUUUAAUCUCAUCAUAAAAUGUUCAAUCAAGCAAAAUAAAAUAUCAUCACAGUAUA